CAAGUUCAAGCCCUCCUCCCUGCUUGGUUGAAUGAUUGUUCUAGAAUUGUUAGAGCUUCUGUCAAAUUUUUAUCUGCAAUUUGCGAGACAACUUGCUGACUUGACUCGCGGUGAAAUUGAACUAUAAAAUUGUGUAAAAACUGUAUAUGUGAAACGAGUGUUUAUACUUUGUUCAACACGAAGUGAUAUUGUGUAUUUUUUUUAUUAGUGCGUGAAAUGCCUUUGAGAGGGAGAAGUUUCCGCGGUUUCCCGUUUGACGAGGACGAGGGAUCGGGCGCGUGGAGCGAGCUCGCAUCGCGCCAUCCGGACAUAGCGGCGCGUCUGCGCCAGCGCCCCGCCACCUGGGCCAGGAAGAGGCGACCUUCGAGCCAGGACGCUACAGACGAUUUCGGCGACAGCUUUGGUGGCUUCGACAGAUUCCCCUUCGACGAUAUCCCGCCAGAAUUCAGAGAACACUUUCCUUCACAUUGGAACCGCAGAUUUGGACCUCGUGACGAACAGCCGCAGCCGCAGCAGACACAACAGCACGCGCCGCAGUCGCCCCCGGCGCAGCAACAGACCGCAGCUACACAGACUGAGCAGGAACCUCAAGCAGGACCUUCAGAACCCGAACCACAAGCGCACCUCCCACAAUACGGAUUAAGGAACACAGUCGAUCUCGGCCAGAAAAGUCCCGCCGACCCUAGCUUGGUCGAUGCGGACGACAGAAACCAGAGGUCUAUGUCAGCGCCUCCAGACAGCAGCGCACCUCCUAAUCAAAGCUUUAAAAUGAGUGGACAGAACCACCAGGAACAGCACCAGCCGCAGCAUGGCGAGCAGCACUCCAACGUGCGACACAUACCCAUAUUCGUGGAAGGCAGGGACGAACCUGUGAUCAACAAAUCAGUUGAUCACGGCACACACUUUGGUGACGCAAAGCCCGCGUACGUGCCCCCGCCCCAGCAGCCUCACAUCGACAGAGAACAGUAUUUCGCUGACGAUAGCCCCGGCUACCAUCAUCCACCAAACUUCACACGAGCCUUCGGCACACCCUUCAACAAAGGAUUCAGGCAGGGGCCACAGCCUUUUACACAGCAGAAAGCGUACCCGCAGGCGGCUUUCGCUCGCGGUGCCUCCCCACAGCGCUCGCAGUCACCCAAGCCGCAUCCUCACCCACAUGCCGAGGAACAUUUUGUUAAAGUACCAGUGCACCACGAUCAGAGUGCACCCAAGACUGAACCUCCGUCCAGGCCCCAACAGCGGCAGCAGCCACAGCAACAGCCCCCGCCUCAGCAGAAGCAGCCGCCACCACCACAACAAACUCCGCAGCGGGAGCAAACCCCGCCACAACCCAAACAGACUCCAGCCAACGAUCCCAUCACACAGAUUCUUCGUAUCCAAACAGAUGUUCUUAAUCUAAUGACUGAAGUUGAAAACUUUGGUGGUACCAAAAAUGAUAAGAAGUACUUGUUCCUAGACGAAAUGCUAACUAGGAAUCUCAUAAAAUUAGACACAAUUGAAACUGAUGGCAAAGAAAAUAUUCGACAAGCUAGGAAGGAAGCCAUCAAGUGCAUCCAAAAAUGUAUAGCUGUAUUAGAAGCCAAAGCAGAAAGUAACGCCAAUGGUGGUCAGAGCCAGCCUCAACCACAAGAUGUAGAAAUGAAAGAAAACACAGAUGCACAACAGGCACCUGAACAAGUUACAGAAAACGGUGAGGUUGAAAUGAAGGAUAGCACCAAAGAGGAGGCACAAGUCGAGCAAGCCGAAAAGCCGGCUGAGGUAGCCCCAGCGCAGGAAGCUAAGACUGAGUCUACGGAGGCAAAGGUUCAGGACGAAAUAGUUGCAGCGGCACCAGUCGACAAUAAGGACGUCACACAAACAGAAGCAGCCGACACACGACCGGAGGCAACUCCCUCCGACAAACCAGCCGAAACUACCGAACAAAAGGAAGAAACUGCAGAGAAAAGCCCCAAGAAGGGCACCAAAGUUGUAAAGAAACGAAACAAAAGCAAAGAUAAUAAGAAAGAUGUACCCAAUGAUAGUAAUAAGCAAGAAGCUGAAGAUAGCAAUAAGGAAGAGAAAGUCGAGGAUAAGAAAGAGAAGUUAGAUAUAAUGCAAGUGGACGAUAAGGGUGAUAAGGCGGAGCCGCAGGUGAUGGAAGUAGAUGGUGCUGCUAGUCAAUAAAGUUAGUUUGCGAUAGUGAAUUGUCUCAUUAGUUCCACAGUCGUAAUCCGCGCACGGGGCCUAAGUGUAUGCCUUCCUUAUUCUUCGUGUUAAUUAUUGUGCAUAAAUAACACAGGUGUUGACAUUGUAUUGUUUAUGUUUGUACAUUUUACGUUUUUAAUAUUAAACAAAUGUGUAAAGAUAUUUGUUGUCCUGUAGGAUUUGAAACGGUCUCCUUGUCCUAAUAUUUAAUUAAUUUAUUGUUUAUCAUCACUUGAUAACACAAUUUUCUGAAUAAAUAAUGAAUCCGUU